AUGAUGAUCAGUGAACCUGCUAUCAUACAAACGGAUCUUGAUAAUCUGUUCGAUUACAGUCUCCAAUUGAACCGAUGGUUCUUGAAACCGAUAGGUGCCUGGCCUGCAUCCCUCUCUACCUCCAAAAUCGAAAGAAUCGUUUCAUUAAUUUUGAUCGUCAUUUGUUAUUGUUCCAUACUCGCCACUGUAAUUCCUUGUAUACUAUACGUAAUUCUCGAUGACGAUGCCAUUCAGACAAAACUGAUGGUAAUAGGUCCUUUGAGUCAUUGGUUCGUAGGGGGAAUUAAUUACACAACAUUGUUGUUGCGUAGCAAAGAAAUACAAUGCUGUGUGCAAGAUAUGCAAAAUGAUUGGUACGCUGUGAAAAGAUUGAAGGAUCUACAAGUUAUGAUAAAGAACGCGAAAUUCGGUCGUUACGUGGUGAUAUCUUGCGCGGCCUUCAUGCAAGGUGGCGUCUUAUGCUAUUGUGUGAUAACUGGUAUCACUACCGAGAUUAUUGAAGUUGGAAACGAGACCAGAACUAUUCAUCUGCUACCAUGUGCGGCUUAUACCAAGCUGUUUCCAGUAGAUACCAGUCCCACAAACGAAAUCAUGCUUAUUGUGCAAUGCAUUUCUGGUUUCAUCGUAAACUCUAGUACUGUUGGAGCGUUUAGUUUAGCUAUAGUGUUUGCGACUCAUGCUUACGGACAGUUGAAUGUGCUGAUGAUGUGGAUCACGGAGCUCGUGAAGCCGUCCAGGAAGCAUCCCCAGAAUGCCUAUUUGAAUGAAAUUGGUGUUAUCGUGGAGAAUCAUCUGAAAGCUUUGAGUUUCGUAUCGCAUAUCGAGGAUAUGAUGAAUGAAAUAUGCUUUUGGGAAUUAUUCAAGUGUACGUUCAACAUCUGUAUGCUUGGAUACUACGUCCUUAUGCAUUGGGCCAAUCGUGAUUUUCAAAAUAUGACUACUUGCGUCAUUAUACUUUGUUCCAUGGCUUUUAACAUUUUUUUAGUAUGCUAUAUCGGUGAGAAACUAUCAGAACAGUGCAAGAAAGUUGGUGAAGCAGUGUAUAUGACAGAAUGGUAUUAUUUACCCGAUAAAUAUAUCUUGGAUUUAUUACUGAUCAUUUCACGAUCCAGUGUGGCCAUCAAAAUGACUGCUGGAAAAUUUGUUCAAAUGUCACUUAUUACAUUUUCUAGUGUGAUAAAAACCGCCUUUGCCUACCUCAAUGUAUUGCGUCAAACAACAUGA